AGGAAGCACAGAGCAGGUUUCUAACACAGAUCAAACCUUGAAGAUUGAAGGCUUUCAUCCAAACAGAAGCUCUCCUGUCUUUGAACCAUGAAGUCUCUGGUGGUGCUCGUACUUCUGAACUGCUUCCUGCAUCACACCCUCUCUGCCGUUCCAGCCGCAUUAUCAAUGCUAGAGGAAGGAUGCUGUCCAGGUUACAAUCAAACACGUAUUCCUAAACCUUGCGUGAAACGCGUGGCGAUGACCGCGAGUCACUGCAAACCAAAAGCAAUUGUAUUUACAACUGAGUCUAAGAAGUUGUGUAUUGAUCCUAAUUUGAAAUGGGCGAAGGACAUGUUGGACACAUUUGAGGAUGGAGUUGUCACUUACAAUUCCGAGAAGUGUAAAAAAUUUCAGAGAAAAGUGUGAGAAUGGUGUUCCUUUGUGUGUCAUGAUCACAUGUUCUUUAUGUACACAGACAAUUUCAGCAGAUAAGUUAUGAUUUAAUUUUAUAUCGGCUUCUGUUUACUUUGAAAACAAUCUAUGUGCAUUCAAAAAAUAAUGUCAAGUUAAGGAAAUCAGGUUUCUCAAAUGAGAUUGGUUCAACUCAGACACCAAAAUUCCACAUUUUAUGAUUUUUCUAUUUAUUGAAUUUACUGUCAGUCAGUGAUCCAAACAUUUCCAUCUGAGAGUUUGAACAACUUUAAUGUAUUCUUUAUAUUUAUAGGCUUCAGUUUGUGAUGCUGUUGUUAACUGUUUUGUAUUAAGCAGAUCAGUGUUUCUCUCUCUCUCUGUCUCUCUCUCUCUUUUUUUCUAAACAAUUUACUUAAAAUAUCUUUUAA